GCCUCCUUCAAUGAACAGCAAGAUCUAUUUUGUCAGAAGUUGCAACAGUGUUGUGUGCUCUUUGACUUCAUGGACUCUGUUUCGGACCUGAAAAGCAAAGAAAUUAAGAGAGCAACACUGAAUGAACUGGUUGAAUAUGUUUCAACAAACCGUGGGGUGAUUGUUGAAUCGGCUUAUGCUGACAUAGUGAAAAUGAUUAGUUCUAAUAUUUUCAGAACACUUCCACCUAGUGAUAACCCUGAUUUUGAUCCAGAAGAAGAUGAACCAACUCUUGAAGCCUCAUGGCCCCAUAUACAGCUGGUGUAUGAAUUCUUCCUGAGGUUUUUGGAGAGCCCAGAUUUUCAGCCUAGCAUUGCAAAGCGAUAUAUUGACCAGAAAUUUGUACAGCAGCUGUUGGAGCUCUUUGACAGUGAAGACCCACGAGAACGUGAUUUCCUAAAGACAGUUCUGCAUCGAAUCUAUGGGAAAUUCCUCGGUUUAAGGGCGUUCAUCAGGAAGCAGAUUAACAACAUCUUCCUCAGGUUUAUAUAUGAAACAGAGCACUUCAAUGGUGUUGCUGAACUUCUGGAGAUAUUAGGAAGUAUUAUCAAUGGUUUUGCACUGCCACUGAAAGCAGAACACAAACAGUUCCUUAUGAAAGUUCUGAUUCCCAUGCAUACUGCAAAGGGAUUAGCUUUGUUUCAUGCACAGCUUGCCUAUUGUGUUGUACAGUUCCUGGAAAAAGAUACAACUUUAACAGAGCCUGUAAUCAGAGGACUGCUCAAAUUUUGGCCAAAAACUUGCAGUCAGAAAGAGGUAAUGUUUUUAGGUGAAAUUGAAGAAAUCUUAGAUGUAAUAGAACCGACACAAUUCAAAAAAAUAGAAGAGCCUUUAUUUAAGCAAAUAUCCAAGUGUGUGUCAAGCUCACAUUUUCAGGUUGCAGAAAGAGCUUUGUAUUUCUGGAAUAAUGAAUAUAUUCUCAGCCUGAUUGAGGAGAACAUUGAUAAAAUUCUACCAAUCAUGUUUGGCAGUUUAUACAAGAUCUCCAAAGAACACUGGAAUCCGACGAUCGUGGCGCUGGUGUACAACGUGCUGAAGACCCUGAUGGAGAUGAAUGGCAAGCUGUUCGAUGAACUCACAGGCUCAUACAAAGCAGAGAGGCAAAGAGAGAAAAAGAAAGAGAUGGAACGUGAAGAGUUGUGGAGAAAGUUGGAGGAGCUGAAGCUUAAGAAGGCGAUGGCAGAGAAGCAGAACAGCGCUCACAGCGUGCUCAAUGCACACAGUCCAAGUGCCAAAUAAAGGAAGUCAAUCACCACCUCUGCUCGGCAGAUGUACUGUUUUGUACCUUUGGAACUGUAAGGAUUUGCAAAAGAAACCUUAUUACUAUAAUAGAAACAGCCAGGUUUUUUCCUCUGGCACAUGUAAAGAUUUGAAUUUAAAUACAGGAAUUAAGUGAUG